AGCCAGAAUCACCUUGGGUCAGGGCGCCAAGAUGGCGUCCUCGGCCUCCGCUCGCACUCCGGCGGGGAAGCGAGUGGUGAAUCAGGACGAACUGCGGCGCUUGAUGAAGGAGAAGCAGCGUCUGAGCACCAACCGGAAACGGAUAGAAUCUCCAUUUGCGAAGUACAACCGUUUGGGGCAGCUGAGCUGUGCCCUGUGCAACACCCCGGUGAAGAGCGAGCUCCUGUGGCAGACUCACGUCCUGGGAAAGCAGCACCGGGAGAAAGUGGCCGACCUGAAAGGCGCGAAGGAAGCCACCCAGGGUCCGUCCGCCAGCUCAGUGCCUCAGUCAGCCAAGAGGAAGGUGUCGGAGGCGGACGGUCAAGAUGCCAAAAGACCCAAGGCCUCCCCGCUGCCCCAGGUACAGCCCUCCACAUCCGCUUUGUCCACCAACUUUGACAAAGCAGGGAAGGAGUCCACUAGAGCGACCCUCAUUAAGGUUUCAGGACUCGGUUUACUCCCUGAUUAUGAAGAUGAGGAAGAGGAGGAGGAGGAGGAGGGAGGAGAAGGGAAAAGGGGAGACGCCGGCAAGCAGCCGCCCGAUGCACAGGGCAAGGAACACUCGCUUUCCUCCUCGAGGGAGACAACAAGUAGUAUGCUGCCAAGCGGCUUCUCGGAUACAAAUCCUCCCAAGGCCCCUUUAAUUCCUCAUUCAGGGUCAAUUGAGAAAGCAGAAAUACAUGAAAAAGUAGUGGAAAGGAGAGAAAACACAGCGGAAGCAUUACCGGAAGGCUUUUUUGAUGACCCUGAAAUAGACGCUAGGGUUCGAAAGGUUGAUGCCCCAAAGGAUCAGAUGGACAAAGAGUGGGACGAAUUUCAAAAGGCCAUGAGACAGGUCAAUACCAUUUCCGAAGCCAUAGUUGCUGAAGAGGAUGAGGAGGGACGGUUGGACCGGCAAAUUGGGGAGAUCGAUGAGCAGAUAGAAUGUUACCGUCGGGUGGAAAAGCUUCGGAAUCGCCAGGAUGAAAUUAAAAAUAAGCUUAAAGAGGUUCUGACUAUAAAAGAACUGCAGAAAAAGGAAGAGGAGAAUGUUGACAGCGAUGAUGAGGGAGAACUACAAGAUUUGUUGUCUCAGGAUUGGAGGGUAAAAGGGGCUUUAUUAUAGGGUUUCAAAGACCCAAAAUUUCUACACCCUCUACAGUGGUACCAAAAGUGCUGUCUCUGGAUAUGAUAUUGGUUACUUCAUGCCUAACUGGGUUGUUAAGAUACAAUGAACCUGUGAAGAUAGCACUUUGGAAAGUUCGUGUAAAAUAUUUUUGAGGUAAAGUUGUUUUUGAAAUUUUUCAAGUAUUACAUACUAUAUUGCCAACUUUUUACACAUUUACUCAAGUGUAUAAUUUUGAGUUAAGUCUGUAAGCUGUAACUGUUGUACAUAGUUAAAUAUAUAUUUACUUAAGUAA